GGUCAUCGAAAUAGGCUUGUUUGUUUACAUAUAUUGACAUUUGGAAUAUGCAAGGAUAUCGACAGUGAUUCACUAUUGCAAUAUUACUGUAAUUAUGAGAGUUGUUAUUUGCAAAAAAUCGUGACUUUCUCAAAACGGCGGAAAGAUCCUCGUUGGCGGUUGUUAGGUCGAGUUGCUGCAGCAGGAGACUGGCAAGAUGAUGGCCAACGAAAUAGAAAACCGGCAGAAGCUUCUGCGAGCUGUUAAAAAGGAGGUUAAACAGAUCAUGGAAGAGGCUGUCACAAGAAAAUUUGUCCAUGAAGAAAGUAGCAGUAUCACAUCACUCAGUGGUGCGGUGGAGGCUUGUUUACUCCAUGGACUUAAAAAGCGUGCUCUAGGCCUGUUUAAACACAGUACUACUACUGCCCUCCUUCAGAAAGUCUCCAAGAACUUUGAGCCUGGGGCAAUCAUCCUGAAGCUUCUCUCUGAUGUGGAGUCCAGCAAUGAUCCUAACAAAAAAAGUGUGGACAGUAACAAGAACCAGACAAAGAAGUCAUCACAGUACCAUCCAAGGUACCUCUGGAUCCGACUCGCCAUCUUUGAGAAACAACUGGCAAAAAUCCUCGACUAUCUGGUACAGAAUAACAGUAAAUACUAUGAAGAGGAAGCCCUUAUAUCAGAUCCAGUGGACGGACCAAUAUUUGCAUCAUUACUGGUUGGGCCUUGUGCACUGGACUACACUAAAAUGAAGACUUUAGAUCAUUACUGGACUGACCCUCCAGCUGACGAGCUUGUACAGAGACACAGAAUCCACUCCAGUACAAACCACUUGACAGCAGGACCCGGCUCACCGAAACGCCCAGGACUUCAGACACCUAACCUGGAUGUGUUACAGGUGCGACGUAACACCAGUUCCAGUAGUGAGGAGAGUUCCAAAAGUUUCCAUCUGUCAGCAAAAGACUAUGUCGAGAGUCUCCAUCAGAACUCUAAAACUACAUUAUUGUACGGCAAAAACAAUGUCCUGGUGCAGCCGAAGGAAGAUGUGGAGGCGUUAGCAGGCUAUCUGUCUCUACACCAAUCUGCUAUGGGACUGACAAUCAUGUGGACACCUAACCAGCUGAUGAAUGGCUGCUGUGAGGAAGAGAGUGAUGAAAAAGACAGAAGGGAAAGUAUUCCCCAAACUGAAACGGAAAGGCAGUCGUCUCUCUAACAUUUCACAAGAGGGCAGCACAAGCAGCUCCAGCACAGAGGAAGACGAGGCCACUGAUUACGUCUUUCGUAUCAUCACCACAUUUAGACCUUCCAGUAUUCCUCCAGAAAUGAUGGAUCCCAAAGCUAAGAUCAAGGGAGAGAACUUUUCAUGGGCCAACCGUAUCCCCCGCCUCCCAAGCCCUUUGGCCCAAUCAUCAGUACAGGACUACGCAAAAGCACAGGAGGAGCAGAACAACUCCUGUCUGUCCAAACAGGGUUCCAACCACAGAACGACUUUAAAACAACUUUGUGAUACUAUGAAGAAACAAAUCAUCUCCAGAGCUUUCUACGGAUGGCUAGCACAUUGCCGCCACCUGAAGACAGUGAGAACACACCUGUCCGGCCUUGUCCUUGGGUCAUUAGCAGUCACAGAUUCUGAUUACGACCUUUCAGCGGGACUGACUGAGGAGCAGUGGAAGUUUAUCAACAAGGACAACAUGGUAUCCGACCCCGCGGAGGUUUAUAGAUUGGUGUAUAACGGUGGAGUGGCACAUGAGAUCAGGAAAGAGGUGUGGCCUUACCUGCUGGGACAUUACUCCUUCAGUAGUACGCCAGAGGAGCGGGAAAAAGUGGACGAGAUCAUGCGUACAAUGUAUGAGCGCACAAUGUCUGAAUGGUUAGCGAUUGAGGCUAUUGUCAAACAACGUGAUAAGGAGAUCAUGGCAGCUAAUCUAGCUAAAUUAUCUUCCCAUAGCUCCGACGGACCAAUCCCGCUCGUACGCAAAGACUCUAGUCUAAGUAACGAUGUUUUUGAAUCUCAACAAAGUUUUGAUGAGUGGGAUGAUUUCUCACAUCCCGAGACUGUACCUGAAGAGAGCUCUGCUACAGGGACAACAUGUACCCCAACUCCAGAUAGGAAACAGAGUAUGGAGCUACACCUACAACAGUCUGAGGUCAUCGAAAAGAUGACACAGACAGAAAUAUUACUGGAGAAGAGGGAUUAUGUGUGUACAUCAUUUUCUGACAGUCCAGAUGAUGGACUGGGUGACUCUAUAGCACGGCAGAGUUCACAGGAGAGGUCAAAGUUAGAUUCAGCUGGCGAUUCUGAAGGUACAGAUAUCUCCCGUGCUGAUCGUGAGGGCAGUAUGGAACGCCACAUAAUUGUUACUAAGAUGUCCUGCUCCAUGGACAGUACAGAGGCUGACGAGGAGGAUGGUGGGGCAGAGUCAGAUGAUGAGGAUGAGGAUGAUGAUGAUGAUGAUGAUGAUGAUGAUGACGACAACGAUGAUAGAGAUGGUCUUUCAAGUCAAAGACAUUCCCUGACAGCAGAAAACACUGGAAAAACAUUUGAUGCUGAAAAUAUAGAUAACUUGAAACGCCUGUCUACAUCCCAUGAGAGUUUGAUAUCACCAGCUUCUCCUGCUUCAAAUGGGGGAAUAUAUUCGGCGGAGUUGUUGGACAACGUGGCAUUAAAUCUCCACAGAAUUGACAAGGAUGUACAGAGAUGUGACAGAAACUAUUGGUACUUUACCCCAGCCAACCUGGAGAAACUCCGCAAUGUCAUGUGCACGUUUGUGUGGGAACACCUUGAUGUGGGAUAUGUACAGGGGAUGUGUGACCUGGUGGCUCCCCUCCUUGUCGUCUUUGAUGAUGAGGCAAUGACAUACAGCUGUUUCUGUGAGCUGAUGAAGCGGAUGUCCUCUAACUUCCCGCAUGGUGGAGCCAUGGACACUCACUUUGCCAACAUGCGCUCCCUCAUACAGAUUCUCGAUUCAGAAUUAUUUGAGCACAUGCAUCACCAUGGUGACUACACACAUUUCUACUUUUGUUAUCGAUGGUUUUUACUGGAUUUCAAGAGAGAGUUGCUGUAUGAUGACGUGUUCUCUGUCUGGGAGACUAUCUGGGUUGCCAAGUACAUCAGCUCCCCUCACUUUGUGCUGUUCAUAGCUCUAGCCCUGGUCGAGUUCUACCGUGACAUUAUUCUGGACAACAACAUGGACUUCACUGACAUUAUUAAGUUCUUCAAUGAAAUGGCCGAGAGACACAAAGCCAAACAAGUGCUGAAGAUUGCCAGAGAUCUAGUUCACAAACUGCAGACCCUUAUAGACAACAAAUGAUUCUAGAGAGCACAUCAGCAGUGGCUGAGGACGAGCUGAUAGACACCAAACAUUGUGUUAAUGUCACAACAGCUGAUGGACACCACACAUUGUAUGUUAAUGUCACAACAGCUGAUGGACACCACACAGUGUGUGUUAAUGUCACAACAGCUGAUAGACACCAAACAUUGUGUUAAUGUCACAACAGCUGAUAGACACCACACACUGUGUUAAUGUCACAACUGAUGGACACCACACAUUGUAUGUUAAUGUCACAACAGCUGAUGGACACCACACAUUGUAUGUUAAUGUCACAACAGCUGAUGGACACCACACAGUGUAUGCUAAUGUCACAACAGCUGAUUGACACCAAACAUUAUGUUAAUGUCACAACAGCUAAUGGACACCACACAUUGUGUGUUAAUGUCACAACAGCUGAUGGACACCACACAUUGUAUGUUAAUGUCACAACAGCUAAUGGACACCACUCCUUUUGUGUUAAUGUCACAACAGCUGAUUGACACCACACAGUGUGUUAAUGUCACAACAGCUAAUGGACACCACUCAUUGUGUGUUAAUGUCACAACAGCUGAUGGACACUACAAUGUAUGUUAAUGUCACAACAGCUGAUGGACACUACAAUGUAUGUUAAUGUCACAACAGCUGAUGGACACUACAAUGUAUGUUAAUGUCACAACAGCUAAUGGACACUACAAUGUAUGUUAAUGUCACAUGACAAAGCCCUGUAAAUUUUAUGCUAUGUAUUAUUUAACAAUAAAACAUUGGGAUCGGUGAGGCCUUGGAGUAACAAACUGUAUCAUAAUUCAAUCAGUCUAAUUCUAGAUGAUGAUGAUGAAGAUGAUGAUGAUGAUGAUGAUGAUGAGGAUGAUAUCUAGGUUAGGCUUCACCAGGUGACCCUGGUGUACUCUAGUUUUGAGGAUGAGGGCUGUUGUCCCUCCAUCAGUGUGAUUAGAUAUAAUUAAUUGUGUACAUGACUUCAAGUCUAUUGCUGUUUUAACUUUAAAGAUACACAAAAUCUGGAAUAUUGAAUGUUAAUGACAAAUGUAUGUAAAUGUUUGUUUCUUGUCUUGUUUUUGCCAAGAAGACAAUGUGCAAUAUGUGCUUAUGAAAUACAGUCAAAUAAUGUCUGUCAAAUCUCUUUCUCAAAUGUGUAAUUGAUUGAGAUUUCAAACAAGAGUUGAGGACAUACUCCCAAUCAUGAUAAAUUGUUCUAAGGAUUGAAACUUUUAGAAAUAUGCAUUUAUUUAUAGAAAACCUGAAAGUAUCACAAAGCUAUGUAAUGUUUGGGUGAAUGAAUAUGUAUGUAUGGACAGUUAACGGAUGUGGACAGUGUAAAAUACGAAGUUUGUUAUCUGUGAGCAAAGCUUAAGAUCAGUACUACAUUCCUGGGAUAAUUCCUAAUAUGUCUGAUGCCUGUUAGAGGGCAGCACUGCAUUCCAGGGACGAUCCCUAUCAUGUAUGAUGCCUGUUAGAGAGCAGAACUACAUUCCAGGGACGAUCCCUAUCGUGUCUGAUGCCUGUUAGAGGGCAGCACUACAUUCCUGAGAUGAUGUGUUUUAACCAGUAUAAAUUUAUCAGUAUCCAUUUCAAUGGUAAGGGCAUAGUGCAAUACUGUUUGUUUGUUUGGGCUGUGUUUCUGCUUAAACUCCAACUGUAGCCUAUGUUUAAACAUUAACAAUAAGCCCAUGUAUAGUAAUAAGCCUACCCACCUAUAUUGCUGUUUUAGUAGUUGUUUGAUUGUCCAGUUAUUUGCCCACACACUGACUUGAAGUCAUAAAUUUUGUGUUGGCCCUCUGCAGGAUAGUUACAGUAUUAGAGAUGGGUCUGCCAAUUAUCAUUUACAUUUUAUUUUUUGAUCAAUUAAAACCAAAUUCCUGCUUGGAUUUGUUUGGUGUGAUAAGUAAAUUAGUUGUGACAAAAAGAAAAAAAAAGCUACAGUGAGAUUCCUACAAAAAUGUUAAAUCUCACUUUAAUGUCUAAUACUAGCAUAGUAGAUAAACAAUUGGAGUGUGUCAGUUGAAGUAGUAGCAGGAUCAGAUUUGUUUCCUUUAUCAUAAGGAAGUAUUCCAGUUGCAGCUUGUUUACUAUAAGUCACAAUGUGUAACAUUUAUACUUGGUUGAUUGUUAUAUAUAUGAUAUAAUUAUAUUUUUACAUCUUUUCUGGUUGUGAGAAUUUUAAGAUAUUUUUUUGCUUAAAAUGUGAUAUAUCUGAUGUUUUGUAUAAAAUCUCUGAGUAAGAAGAGAUAUUCAUCUUCAAGGUUUAUUGUUCAGUUAAAUGAAAUCCUGCUUUAAUAGGUGUUGUAUCAAGGUACAAACUAAUAUAUCUAUUGUUCAUAGAAUAUCAUUCAAUUACACAGUGAAAAUAUGUUUUAUACACUUUGUUAGCUCACAUGCCCGUGGCUUGGCAUCCGUUGUCCGUCUCCUGUUGGCCAUUAGUCUGGCAUCAAUUUUUCUGUUUAAACAACUUUUUUUCGAUAGCCAAGAGGCCCACAAAUCUGAUAUUGAACCUGUAGCAUGAUGGGAUAAGGCCUGCAGCUUGCUGGGAUGAAUGGCCACCAUGUUCAAUAAAUGACAUUGUCCCAUUUUUACAGGGGUCAUAUGACAUGCCAAAGUCUUUUUGUGACUUUUUUUCAAUAACCAUGAAACCUGAUAUUGGGCAUGUACAUAUGUAGCAUGCAUGGAUGAAGGGAUACCUAGUUUGUUCAAGUGAACAACAAAUGUUUUAUUUCUGAGUCAAAAGCAAGAGAGCUGGGUUCAUGAUAUGGGUCAGUAGUAUGUUUUGAUGAAGAGCUUCACAAAUUGUGUAAAUGAAUACACUCAUGCUCUCCAGGUGAAUGACAUACAUCAACUGUACAGUUACUGUAGUAGCAGGUGAGCGAUACAGGUCUAUUGGCCUCUUGUUUUUUAUGGAUUGUGUUAUUAGAAUUUCAUACCUUUUUUUUAAUUGAUUAAGUUGCCAAAACGUUUUUUUGAAACUGUUUAAAUAUAAUUUAUCAUUGAAGGGACCAUUGUAACUAAAUAUGUUAUUAAUAACGCCAGUUUCACACUGCCAAGAGUUUUGAGCCUAAGAUCUAAUAAACAUGCAAUGAUAUAGAUUAUUAUAAAGUAGGCAACCAUGCAAUUAUCCAUCUUAAAAUACAUUCAAUGAUCAGCAUGUAUAUAGUGCCAUUAUAUUGUGAAAAAUGUCGCUAAAAUUGAGACUUAAAAAUGACAUUAAAUGUAACCUAUUAUCAGGACGUAUGAUAUAUAUACCUAUAGAUACAAGCAUUCGCUGACGAAAGCAUGAAUGGCCUGGCUGUUCCUUGUGGUAUAGGGGUAAACAAAAAAUCAGUAGUUGCUUCAGAAGAUUUCAUUCCUUAUCUUGAAAAAAAUCUGGCCUUUAAUAGAUCUAGUUUAAUGUUUCCAAAGUUUCAUUGUUCCUUACUUCAUUAUUUUUUAAGAAAAAUAUAAACAUUCUGUAAGACUCCACUAAACUGACUAGUCAUCAGAUACAAUGUGUGGCAAUGCUGUUUUUUGAUUGGUUCCUACAGUUGGUGUGUCAGUGCUGCCAUGGAAACCUGGUAUGUUUAUAUAUGUUAUCAUGUUGUUAGUAUUCCACAACUAAUUGAAAUGUUAUAUUGUCUACAAUAAUGUAUGUGAUGAUCAAAAUAAUUUAAUGAUAUAUUGAUGUUGAUUUAGAUUUUAUCCCUAACAUAUCACAAUGGAUUGUCUAUGUCUCUGAUGUGGAUUAGUCCAUGUGAUAUGGCGGGGAUGGAACUCCUAUUGUGUAAUAUAAAUGAUGUUAUAAUUAAUGUGAAUGACCAAACAUUGAUGGAUAUAGAGAUGCUGUAACUCUAUGCGACACAUGUAUGAGACUGUAUAUAUAUAUAUAUAUGUAAGCCUGUACAUACAAUGGAGAUAUAUUUAUAAACCUAUAAUCCCAUUUUAUUUUGGUAGUCGUGUACAUAAGGUCUUGAGCGUGUUGAGAUUCUUUGUACAGUGUAAGUUGAAUGUCUUGUGAUAUAUUGUAUUAUAUAUACCUGGUAGGGAAAAUCUUCUUCAAGUUUGAUAAGUAAUUGGGCCAAACAAACUUAUAGCUACAUGUAUGUUUCCUGGUUUUUCAGAUGUAUGGUGUCAUGCAAGUUAUUGGGGUAAAUUUGAUACGGUGUACUAAUAAAUAAUAUGUGGAUCUUUUAAACAUAUUACACAACUACAUAAUUCUCUUUUAGGACAUUUUUCAAGACAUUCCUUUAAUAAUCACCUGACAGUAAAGUUCAGGAAGUUCAGGCACUUUGGACAAUUUAGUCAUUUUUUUUUUCUUAGAUAACAUGGUUAAAGUUAUGGUGAGGUACAUAAGCAAAAGUAUUCUGUGUUCAACUGUUUUUAGGUCACCUGAGACGAAGUCUCAAGUUAUUCUAACCACCUUUUGUCCGUCAUCAUCCGUCCAUAAACAAUUUACAUUUUCGACUUCUCCAACACCGCUGAACCAAAUUCAAUCAAAUUUGGCAUGAAGCUUCCCUGGCCAAAGGUCAACCAAAAUUGUGAAUUAUAAUGGUCCCAACCCCCCCCCCAGGGGCCUGAGGGGCGGGGCCAACAAAGGUCAAUUAAACUUAAAUAUUUCAAAACUCAGGUGACUGUGAAGGCCCAUGGGCCUCUUGUUAUUAACAUAAAUCCGCUGGUCAAUUUAGAUAUUUUUGAUCCUGCAGUAUUUUAGAGUACAAACUUUUGUCUCAUUUAAUUGGAAGCAUUGGAGGCAAUAU